AUGAGCAUGCUUUGGUGGCUAAUAGUGAGAGACAAGGAAGAAGCAAAGAUCGAAAGCUUGGAGAUAAACAAUGGCAUUCAAAACCAAAAGGACGAGAUACGAGCGAGGUUGUAUGCUAUUGGUGUGAUAAAAAGGGUCACUUCAAAAGGAACUGUGAAGAUCGAAAUGUGUUUAUACUGCAAGAAGUACGGCCAUAUGAAGAGGGAGUGUCGGAAAUUGAUGAGAAAGAACAUAAAUGCUCCUACCAGUCCAAAAGAUGAUGCAUGGGUUUUGGACUCUAAGAGUUCAAUUCAUGUUUGUUUUAAGAAAGAAUUUUUCCAUUCUUUCAAAAAAGUCCGCAGUAUGGUAUCACUCUGUGAUGGGUCUUCAUACCAUGUCAGAGGGAUUGGAUAUGUGAAGCUGAAGACGCCUAUUGGAGCGGUCCGUAUUUUGGAUGGCGUAAACUUCCUUCCAAAUAUGCGAAGAAAUUUGAUCUCCCUUAGUCGGUUGGAUUCUAAGGGUUGUCAAAUCUCUCUUGCGGGUGGAACUAUGGAGGUGACUCGACGUGACUCAAUGAUAUUUAUUGGGAAGGAGUCUCAUAGGCUCUAUCAGUUGAUGGGAACCACAUUAGUUGAUGGUUUGAUCUCAAAUGAUGACAGAUGCACGUCGUCAGGAACAGACAGAUGA